AUGAAGGACAAGACAAGAUAUACUUCCAUGUCAACAGAAAACGAGGGAUAUGCAGUUCUACUGGAGAAAGAUAAUAUCGCGAUAGGCGAGGAACUUGCUCUAGAAAACUCUAACGAAACAAACCACUCUUCUAAUGCGAUCCCAAUACGGAAAUCAUCCAACAUUAAACGUAGAUGGCAUCAAGCUGUUGCAAGUGCUAGUGCAGUUUUGAUGAAACAUCUUUUGGAAGAAGAAAAAAAUAAUAAAGAAAAAGAUGAUAUUGAUCUUUUCUUUGACAUCAUGAAAGGUACUGUAAAAAAAUUUAAUGCCGGAAAUAAACUAUUGGCUAAACAAAGAGAUUUUGGUGUAAUUAGUGACCUGGAGGAGUUUAAUUUGAAAAAAUUGACAUACUCUUCAUCUGUUACGAACGUUCACCAACAUUAUUAG